AUGGUUCCACAGUCAAUUUCACUUUCUUCUCUGACCGGACCAAAAAAAAAAACCCCCAAAACAGACAAAUCUUUACAUUUCAAGACUAAAGGGGAAACCUCUUCAGUUAAUCCUGAUUACACUCCUAAUAUUAAAAUCGACAACAAUCAAGACUGGCAGCAAGAGGUUAAAAAGAGCAAUCAAUAUGUGAAAUAUGGGUUGUAUUUAGAAAGCUAUGCCAGAACUAGAGGAUGGUUAGAUCUAUUAAACAAAAUAUGCCCAGAUCUUUCACUUGCGAAGGCAAAAGCAUAUCUCUAUAAUCUACAAUUUCAUGAGGAUGUAAGUGAUAUCAUUAAAAUAUUCAGUCAAAUGAUAUAUGAUAUCCAAUUUAAAAUGAAUGAUUUGCUUCUUUCAGGAAUCUUGGAUACUCAAUUUAUAGAGAACAAUCAUAAAAAUCUCAAAAAUACAUAUCAUUCUAAUGGAAUUUGGAAUAAAUUAAAUGAAAAAAUUUAA